GCUGCGGAGUGAGAGCGAUGUAGACAGCGACGACAUCAUCGUCGUCAUCUCUCUCUCUCGUUUCGAUCCUCUUCGAAUAAAUACCACCCCAUUCCCCCUGAAUCAUCUCCCAAGUCUGCGCCGGCGAUCUUAUUUCCUUGUCAAAGGGCGAGAUGGUGCUUCCGAUUUCUAUUUAGUUCGCGUUGUCGUAUGGAGUUGUGCCAGAGGUUUUUGAUCGGAUAAAGAGGGAUAAAUUUCUCUCCUUGUGCCUUUUGUAUGAACUUGUGGAGAGUGAUCAGUAAGAAACGGUUGUGGAUCAUCCAUCAUGAUGGGUUUAUUUGUCAGUAGAGCUUUGAUACUGGUUCUUGGGUAUGCUUACCCGGCCUAUUUGUGCUAUAAGACUGUGGAAUUGAACAAACCAGGAAUUGAGCAGUUGCGUUUCUGGUGCCAGUAUUGGAUUGUAGUCGCAUUGAUGGCAAUCUUGGAGAGAUUUGGGGAUCUUUUCUUUUCAUGGUUUCCAAUGUACUGCGAGGCAAAACUGGCAUUUUAUAUAUAUCUAUGGUAUCCAAAGACAAGAGGAACAACAUAUGUCUAUGAAACUUACUUCAGGCCAUAUAUCGCGAGGCAUGAAACUGACAUCGAUCGUAAUUUGCUUGAGUUAAGAGCAAGAGCUGCAGAUUUCAUGUCGAUGUAUUGGCAGAAGGCUACUAGCUAUGGCCAGACAAGUUUUAUUGAGAUUUUGAACCAUGCUACCUUAUUGAUACAAGCACCAAGAACACGUACUUUCCAGCAAACUCAGCAGCCACAGCAAGAACCUCAGUUACCUUCUGCAACGCCACCUGCUCACCAACCUGCACCAUCUCAGCCGUCUCCACAAGAAACAAGAGCUCCGCCCAGUCCCAUCAAGAGCCAGCCGCAGGAAGAAUCGAGGAAGGCAGAUGCAAGUCUCCAGCCAGCAGCAGCAUCUCCAGACCAGCCUCAAGAACCAGUCUCUCUUACGGAAAAUUCAGAAACCGCUAACCCGCCCUCUCCACGUGAGGAGCCAAUGCAGGUUGACACAGACAAUUCCGAAUCCGUAGAAGUCUCAGUUCCACCACCAGAGCAGACGGCCAUGGAGGAGGCAAUUCUUGUGACCCGCAACAGGUUGAGAAAACGAGCCGCUGCUGCUGCUGCUGCUGCUGAUGCUGAUGCUGGUCCAGUUUAGUUGUUUGGAAUAUCUGAUUUGUUUUCUUGUGUUGUCAAUGCA